GAGAGGUCAUUGACCCCAGCGGCUCGCUGCCGGCUGCUAGAGUGUUAGCUGCUCCUCGUUCCGCGUUCGUACCUCAUGCGCGCUUUACUCUACCACGGUACCUCUCCUACCGAGGGAAAACUUACUUUCGUAUACGGCACGGGACAUACGGCGUACGGCCUACGGAAUACGGCACACGGCAGACGGUACACGAUACACGAUAUACGGUACACGAUACGGGCUUUGCGCCGCGGUGUUCUCGUGCUUGCCCGUCACUGACGCUUCUUCUCUACUGAUUGCGCGAUGAUAUCAACACAUCGUACGCGUGCGUCAGUCAACUGUCGCGAGUGAGAACUUGUGUCGUCUUCGGCUCCUUCCUGUCGUGCCAUUCACGUUCUGGUCCUUCUCGUCGUCAUCGCCGGAUUCCGCAUGCGAGAACGGCGGAGUACGCGUGUGUCAGUGUGUUGAUCGUCGAUAGAGAGAGAGAGAGAGAGAGAGAGAUAGAGAGAGAGAGAGAGAGAGAGAGAGAUUGACGAAGAGAUAUAUCACGAAAGAAAGAAAGAAAGAAAAGCAAUGAUCGAUAAGGGAAAAUAAAACGGGAUAUAAUAAAGAGUAUAAAAGGAGUGAAUUGUGAAUUUCGUGUGUCCAAGGAAAACUGACGUUACGAACGAUCUUGGAGAGACCGAAGCGCACGGAUUAAAACUGCAUCGUUUUUUCUCUCCGCCACCAGCACCGUCACAACAAUCAUUACCGUCACGGCUGUUUACCAUCAUCGUCAUCAAUACCACCACCCGAGCGUAGCACAGGAACGGCCAAAGGCACGAAGGAAGUGGCGAGGACGAAGAGAGUUAUAGGAUAUCCGUCGUGUCCUGUGGAUCAUUGGUGACGUCGAGAGCCGCAAGGAUAUGGACAAAAUUAAUAACAAGAAGAACGUGUCUAUCUUCAGGUUGGGAUAGCUCUUUCCCCUUCUCGAGGGAAAGAUGCUAGAGAAGGGCUGCAGGAUACGAUCGUCACGCACUCUGCCAUUGGGAUUGACCUGCUUCGGAGGAGACAGCGAACCAGUAGCGACGCUAACGGCAGUGAUGGGAACAAUGGGAAUCAAAGGAGCCAACCUCGUGAACAGGGUCUUCGGGGAUCUUUGAGAGGAGGAACCUUCGCGUCGGCCGUCGUCGGAGACGGGAGAGCUUGUACUCGUUGGCCUGGCCGGCUGAUCAGGACAGCGCGAAGGAGGAGGACAACCUCGGUGGGCGAGACAAGGACGGACGAUUUAGAUCCGAGCAGAGGGUGAUGUCUCGAAAGAAGGAAAUUCCGUGCGCAGGUGGGAAUCACGUUCGCGUAACUAGUCGGACGAGCUUCGAUAUCCCAAUAGCCGUCACAAAGGCGUGACUGAUCCGGGAGCAAGCUCAGGGCGCUUCCUUCUUGCGGGGAGUCAUCGAGUCUACUGCAGGAGGUAACGGAUCAAUUGGUAGGGAGCAGAGGGAUUUCUUUAGUGACGUCAUCAACUGGGGAACCAAUAGCGGCGAACCGUGUCUCCUGGUGUCUCAGCUUCGUGCACUGCACCAUCGUCGGGGAAGGUCGAAGGUCUUCGGGAGGAAGAAUCAGGUAGAGGUCGCUGGAAGGAGGAGGCUCGACUCUUAGCGGACGCGUCUGUGGAGGAUCGGCUUGGGGGGAGCGGAGGUCGGGGAGGAGUCGCGUCGUGCGUACGAGAGGAGCUUGAGGAAAUCGGUGGUGCGCUGACGCACGUGUCCACGUGAACUAUGUUACCGUGGCAGCAGCGGCUACGGGAACGGCAACGGCAAUGGUAACGGUAACAGGAACGGUCCCCUCGGCUCGACCCAGCACGCACCGCGAGCAUCGGCAGGAGAGUGAAGUGAGGAAUUUAAAAGUGAAACUGUAACGAUCCUCCGUUAAUACGAUGCGUCGUCGCGUGACGUAAUACGCCGAGGAUCGGACGCGUAGUGGCCUCUCUAUGUCCUUAUCAUCGUCCUUUCUCUUUCACGUAUCCUUUGACCGGUUAUACCCCGAUCGGCCGUUGCCGGUAUCGCCCGGCGGUAAAUAUCAACUUCUAUUGUAACGUGUGGUUCGAGCAGUGAGGUACACUGAGCUGUGAUUUGUGAUAUUGCGAUCCUGCAGUCCCUCUCGUUGGUGUCGUGUCGUGUCGUGGUGUCGACGAAGAAGAGCCUGGAAUUCGCUGGAGUUUACAUUGAUGGCAGUUCAUCGACGAACCAAAAAUGAAUUAUGACCCUUACGAGCAGCCCGUGUGAGCUAGACAAGAUGAGCUUGUUCCAAGACCUCAAGUUGAAAAGGAGAAAGGUCGACUCCCGAUGUAGUAGCGACGGGGAAAGCGUGGCUGAUACCUCGACUUCAUCGCCGGACAACAUGCCAGGCUCGCCGGGCUGCCCUGUGGUCAAAGUGAAGACGGAAUUUCUGCGGAGUAGUCCGAGUCCAGGGACGCCGCGGGAUCUUCGCGGACAGGAGAUCAGGGAAAGUGUUUGCGACCGAGCCUCCCCGGACUCGGUCUUCCCGGAGGCGGUGACGCCGCGGACUGCCGAGGAACGUCUCUCCACCCCAGCGUCCCGGGCGUCGCCCAUGUCGCCAAUGCAAACGCACAUCACUGCGGUCUCGACGACGCCGAUGCCCCAGGAGGUCUCGAGAGGCGAGAGUCCAGACCGUACCAACCUUUCGUCAGCCCAGCCCAAGGAAGAAUCCGACAACUCCGUGUUCGACGGCGGCGGGGGUCGCCAGGAGCUGAGUAACCCCCCUAGUCACCGGAGCAGUCCUUCGUCCUUUCAUCCUAGCCAGAAUCCCAGUCCGAGUCCCAGUUCUAAUACCUCCCAUGGAAAUCAAGCGCCACCGGCGUCGACGCAGACGUCGAGGCCAAGACCGCCGUCGGUCCCACCGCACCUCCUGGCCCAUCAUCAGUUCUGGUCGCAGAAUCCUGGCGUUCAAGGCUUCGCCACACAAAGACUGUUAAACGGCGUUAUCAGCAGCGCCGUCAAUUAUGGACAGAACCUCAGUGGCUCCACGACAGGAGCAUCGACGGGAGGAGGAACUAAUACGGGGACUACGACUUCUGCUGGUUCUACCAAUACGGGGACCAGUGGUGGAACGCUUGGUGGCGGCGGGAACGGGGGUGGUACCGGAGGCGGAAACACGGGAGCCUGCGAAGGAAUGAAACCACCGGCCCAGAGGCCGGCACCAGCGCCACCUAGACCUCCUCCGACAGUGAUAAUGGGUGAGGUCGGAGGAGUCAGGACGAUGAUAUGGUCCACUCCUCCUCUGGACCCAGUACCACCACCCGUUGCCUCCUGGACAGCCACCGCAGCGGCAGCGUCCUGCUCCUCUACCGAGGAAUCCGCUGCUCAGCUGUUACUCAAUCUCGGACAGGAGUCCCGAGGUAAACCACCAGGAGCCUCCUAUUCUUCCGGUCCUCCACUCAACAUGGAAAGGUUAUGGGCCGGGGACUUGACCCAGCUACCAGCCGCCCAGCAAAUGCAGGCUCUGAACUUGACUGCGAGUUCGAGUCAGCCCUGGGUCCGAAAUGGAGGAGUGGUCAAAUCCGAAGCUGCCUCGCAGUCGAUGUCCGUCGCUCCUCCAGCACCGCCGUUACCUCCUCAGGAACACGAGGAGGACGAGCAGCCGAUGAUUUGCAUGAUUUGCGAGGAUAAGGCUACGGGACUUCACUAUGGCAUUAUCACCUGCGAAGGAUGCAAGGGCUUCUUCAAGAGGACAGUACAAAACAGACGGGUCUAUACCUGCGUGGCGGAAGGUGGCUGCGAGAUAACGAAGACUCAGAGGAAUAGGUGUCAGUACUGUCGUUUUAAGAAGUGCAUCGAGCAGGGUAUGGUACUUCAGGCGGUGCGGGAAGAUAGGAUGCCAGGAGGUAGAAAUUCUGGGGCCGUUUACAACCUCUACAAGGUGAAGUACAAGAAACACAAGAAGACGAACAAGGGUGGUAACGUAGCUGGCGGCAUGGGUGGAUUGGGUAGCGGGGGUAACGUUGGAGGUGUGAACGGGUCGGGGUCAUUGGGGGGCGUCAAAGGGACGAUGGCGUCGAAUAUGCUGGACAAACACAUGGCGGCUGCAGCUGCCGCUCACCACAGCCAACAACAACAUGCCCAGCUGGCAGGGAGCUUCCUUCACCAUCAUAAGAUCUCGUCCGGCGACCCGCUCAACUCUCAACCUACUCCCAGCCACCCGAGUCACCCGAGUCAUCCAAGUCAUCCGAGUCACCCGAGUCACCCCGCGCACUCGGGUCACCUGGUGAACGGCACGAUACUCAAGACAGCCCUUACCAACCCCUCCGAAGUGGUGCAUUUACGACAGAGGCUAGACAACGCGGUGAGCAGCUCGAGGGAUCGCGCAUUUCCUCUGGACGCUACGCUCGCUAUGAUUCAAACCCUUAUAGACUGUGACGAGUUCCAAGAUAUCGCAACGUUGAGGAACUUGGACGAGCUGCUGGACCAUAAAUCAGACUUAAGUGAGAAGCUGUGUCAGAUAGGAGACAGCAUAGUAUACAAGUUGGUGCAGUGGACCAAAAGGUUACCGUUUUACCUUGAGCUGCCAGUGGAAGUUCACACGAGGCUACUCACGCACAAGUGGCACGAGCUACUUGUGCUGACCACCUCAGCUUACCAGGCGAUGCACGGCCAGCACAAGUUCACCAACGUCGCUAGCGACGGCACUGGUGCAGACUUUAUGCAAGAAGUUUCAAACAACAUGUGCACCCUCCAAACCUGCCUCACGAGUAUGAUGGGCCGACCAAUAACAAUGGACCAAUUGCGGCAGGACGUGGGCCUUAUGGUCGAGAAGAUCACAUACGUCACGCUCAUGUUCCGUAGGGUGAAGUUACGCAUGGAGGAAUACGUCUGUCUUAAAGUUAUCACCAUGCUUUCCCAAGCACGUGGAGGUACACUGGAAUUAGAACAGAUCCAGGAGCGGUAUAUGAGCUGUCUACGAAGUUUCGUCGAGCACAGUGCACCUCAGCAGCCAGGUCGCUUUCAUGACCUUCUCCUGAGAUUGCCUGAAGUCCAAUCGGCGGCAGCUCUGCUACUCGAGAGUAAAAUGUUCUACGUUCCUUUCCUAUUGAACUCAGCAAUUCAAAGAUAGUAAUUAAAUAAAGGAGAGACGAAUGAAGGGAUGAAAGAAACAAAUUAAACGAAUGUGAGAUAAAAGGUUAAUUACAAAUAUAACAAACAAGAGGAAGAGACACAGGACAAUGAUAAAAAAAAUGAAUUAAACGGAGUUGACAACAA